GCUAUCACUUCAAAAAGAGCGAUGCUAAUGAGUAGUAAUCUUGUGUGGUGUCUCAUUGCGGACAACAUUUCUGAAACGAUAAAUGCAUGCUGACUAUUUUCAGAGUGAAACUGAAGUCAUAAAGAAUCACGAAUCGAACGUGCGACCAACAAUAAGAAAGAAAAUAUGUAUACAAUUUACGAUACGGGCAAUCGUAAAACGAAUGUCCAUCAUUUAUCGCAUUGGUGGGCAAUUUCGUUGACUGCAAUGGUGUUUGUGUUGAGCUGGUUUUCUCAUCAUCGACUUCUUACACUACCACCCAGCCUAACCGUAAACGAUUUGCCUACACACAAUCAAUCGUUCAUUGCUGAACGAGCCUGGCAUGAUUUGAAUAUUCUUACAAGCUUUGGACCACGACCAACUGGAAGUCAUGCAAACGAAGUACUUGCCAUAGAUUUUUUCAAACGUGAACUAUCGUACAUUGAGCGAAAUGCAAAUCCAAAUCAGAAAAUCAUCUCAGACCUACAAAUUGUGUCGGGCAGUUAUUUUAUCAAUUUUAAACCACAUCCGAUGACAAAUAUCUAUCGUAAUGUGCAAAAUUUCAUCGUUCGAUUGGCUGGAAGUGAGGAAGAGGAAAAUUCACUGCGCAAAAGUCACGCACUGAUGUUGAAUUGUCAUUUUGAUUCGGUGGCCGGAAGCCCUGGUGCCAGUGACGAUGCGGCCAGUUGUUGUGUUAUGCUGGAAGUUUUACGAGUGCUAUCGCAACAAGAAAAACGUUUGAGACACCCAGUAAUUUUUCUAUUCAAUGGUGCUGAGGAAACACCUUUGCAGGCAGCUCAUGGUUUCAUCACUCAACAUCGAUGGGCUAAGGAUAUAAGAGCUUUCCUCAAUUUGGAAUCGGUGGGAUCAUCGGGUAAAGAAAUUCUUUUUCAGUCUGGACCCAAUCACGGCUGGCUCAUUGAGAUGUACAAAAAUGCUGUUCCUUAUCCAAACGGUCAGGUGGCUGCUGAGGAAAUGUUCCACUUGGGCAUUAUACCGUCUGAUACCGAUUUUCGCAUUUUCAGAGACUAUGGCCACAUACCCGGAAUGGAUUUUGCUCAUGUUUUCAAUGGAUAUCGGUAUCAUACCAAAUACGAUGCAAUCGAUUAUUUGCCAGCAAACGUACUGCAACGAACCGGAGACAACGUUCUUGCUCUUGUCAAACGGAUGGCAAAUUCUGAUGAACUUACAAACACUGCCGCGUAUGUAAAUGGUCGAAUGGUGUACUUUGAUUUUCUAGGCUACACAUUCAUUGCAUACACUGAAUCAAUGGGCCAAAUUAUGCAUAUCCUCGUUCCAAUAGUUUCGGUGAUACUGUCUUAUUACUUUGUACAAAAAACCAAAGGCAUAUCCCGUCGUAAUGUUCGCAAAGAAAUCCUGUACGGUUUCUGUGUUACAAUAUUCUCGCUCUUUGCGGGUAUUUUAGUGUGCUAUUUAAUUGCAACGGAAUUAGACUUUAAUGGAAAAUCGAUGUCAUGGUAUAAUCGAACAUACUUUUCGGUUGCAUUAUAUUGCUUUCCAACACUGGUGGUCGCAUCAUUUUUCUAUGCACAAUUGGUUCGAACGCGCGAUUCUCCAUUGAGUUUGGCACUCCAGACACAGGCACGAUUGAACGGCGUCAACAUAGUUUGGUCAGUGGGAUGUGUUGUUUUAACCAUUUUUGGUUUUCGAUCAGCGUACGUGUUGAUGUUCCCAGCUUUUGUAACACUCAUUGUAAACACAAUCAUCGGCCUAACAAAGUCUCAAAAUACAAUUAGAAAAUGGCUGUAUAUCCAUUUGUGUGGACAAAUAUUCAUUGUACUAUGGGCAACACAUUUUUAUCAUACAAUUACUGCGGUUUUUAUUCCAAUUUCUGGGCGUGCAAGUGGCAAUAAGAAUCCAGACAUCACUAUUGGCAUCAUUUCAUGUUUCUUUACGAUAUUCAUCGGAAGCUACUUGAUUCCAUUGGUUGGACUUCUUCGAAAUCCGAAAUCGUUUAUGUUCACAGUAGCUGCAUUGUUUCUGAUAACGCGAAUUAGUUUCAUGACUCACAUUGAUUUUCCAUAUAGCGACGAUGAGCAAAAUCCAACGCCACAACGACACUUCAUAACGCAUACCGUACGAAAGGUGUAUGACUUGAAUGGCCGUGUUCAAUAUACGGAUUCUGGAUACUGGUUCCGUGAGCUUGAUCGAAAUGCCGAAAAGACUAUCGACAGUCUUGUUGCACCGGAAACACCUGUACGUCAAGAUUUGAUACCACUAUGCAACGAAUUGCCAUUCUGUGGAUUACCAUCAUACUCAUGUCGACAAUUGCAUACUGGUGGAUUUUGGUUGCCGGGACCGGCUCCAAUCGUUGAGAAUGAAGUUCAAGUGAAUGCUACUAAACCACUGAAAAUAUCCGAUAAUAAAUGGCAACUGAGACUGACGAUGAAUGGAAGCUAUUUAUAUUCAUUACAAAUCCGCCCCAAGUUGGGUGUAAAAUUAUUGAAAUGGAACUUAUUUGACUUCAUACCAGAAGAGAAUGAAUUCAACGGUGAUCGUGGAUACUUUGCAAUGGUUACUCAUGGAUUAGAAGCACCUCCAUUGGAACUACAUAUGGAGUUUGAUACUAAAACGGGACACAUCGGUCCAUUGGUUGAUGUUACAAUUGUAACUUUCCAUUGGGAGUUUAAGCCGACACCUGCUUUUGCUAAUUUGCUCGCACGUGUCCCGAAGUGGGCGUUCCCAGUCCCAUCAAUUGCAUCAUUACAAGCACACGUCUUUUAAAACAAGCAAUAUUCAAUUAAAAAAUAAAAUAAAAAAAUAUUCGUUGGCUGGAGCUUAAAUAAAUAGAACAAAAACCGAUCAAAUAUUAGAAUCAUAAAUAAUUUUGGUGAUUUGUUUGCAAUUACUCAAAUAAAAAUAAUUUUUUUUAGAUUUAAUGCUAAUCCAGGGGUCAAUCUCAGUUUUAAUCCAAUUUUGUUGACAUGUUUCUUUUUAUGAAUAAAAAAAAAAUCUUCAUGGAAAUCUAA